CUGGAUCGAUGAGCGCGCUUCGAGUUGGCCGGCGCCAGAGGCUUACAGCUGUAGUCCCCGCGACGCAGUUCACCGAUACUUUCACGCUACGGUACCUGGGCGCUGCUGCCUCUCCCCAGUUUCCGUCACUGACUCAUCAGAGCCUUAGCUACGUUCUUUUGCACCACAAAGUGACACUGAAUACUGACCAAGGUAUAUCCAGGGCACGGGGCGACGAUCCUCCACGAGAAUAUCUUGAAGUAUAGGCCCCGAUGUGGGACAGUGACCUGUGCCAGGGUGGGCAGAUCCCGAAAAAAAUAAAGUAUGUUUAGGGCGCCUUUCCUAGCCCCCUCUCCAUGUGGGGUGAGCAGAGUGGCUCCUCGAAAGGGCUGCUCAGUCGCACAGGUGUGUAAACUCGAGAGAGAGGGCAGCAUGAUGGGCGUGCGGGCGGCUUGGCUGCUGCUGUUGCUCGCCCUGGGAGCCGCCACAGCGUCCCCUCCGUCACCAGCGGGCACCAAGCGCUCCAUUGAGGACAUCCAGUUCGGCAAUCAGCAGAACCCUCCAGUAAGCCUCCUGGACGACAACGCUCUGCCAGGCGCCUUUCCUUCCAGCGAGACCAGCGAAGAGAAUGUAAGCGGAAAAGAAGGCACAGGAGAGCCCCUGGAGCUACAACAACAACAACAUCGGCAGCAGAUAGAGCAACAACAGCAGGAAGAGCAGGACCAGCAGGAAGACACCCAGCAAGAUGAUACCCAAAAGGAUGACUUGGACCGCAGCAUGAUCCCAGCUGCUGAAGCUAACAGCUGGAACAAGGCCUCCUCCCCACGUCUCCACCUCUACCAACCACGUUGGGACAUGCCCUUGAUGAUCAGUGGGGCCACUUAUCCUACUGCGCCUCCACUCCCUUUCUGUACAACACCGAGAUACGACCAGACCCCCACCAAAGUGUAA